AUGGCUCCUCAAGCAGGACACACGAUCGACCAGACAGCAGAUUACCUCGAGUUCAUCGCAGCCCUGCGUGAAUACCACGCGAAGCGCGGCACCAAUUUCGACCCGGAGCCCAAGGUUGGCCAGACGCCGGUGGACCUGCUCAAGCUGUUCCGACUGAUUGUCGAACAUGGAGGCUACGACAAAGUCAGCGAGGAGAAGCUCGCGUGGCGCAACAUGGUUAACAUCCUGGAGCUGUACUCGAGCAACGAGGCAUCGGCCGCAUACAGCCUGAAGCUGGCAUACUACAAGAACCUCGCAGCAUACGAGAUCUCGACAAUACACAACAAGGAGCCACCGCCGCCGGAAAUUCUAGAGCACAUCUCAGCCAAAGGUGGAGGACUUUUGACGCGCACGCUCGAGAACUUUGGUGGCCACCGGCCGAUGCGACCGUCGAGCGCCUUUGACAACGGCUCUGGCGACGAUGCAAUGACGCCUUCCCGCCACCCGAACGACGGCACCCCGCUUAGUGGCCGGGCGUCGCGCGGUUUGCGUGAAGCUCCCCCCCAACGGGUCAUCUUCCAGCCAGACACAGGUUCGUCCCGCCCAUCACGACACGGCUCUGGUCACCACGGGCCCAGCCCAGGCACGCCAAACCACCUCGGAAUGCAGGGUCAGCCCCAUGGCCAACACAUGAUGGGCUCAGCCCAGGGCCUCCUCCCACACCAGCAGCAGUUCCACCUUCAGCACCAGUACCCGCAGGCCCACCAUGUACCACACCAGCACUACCCCCGGAAUGCCUCGCUUGUGUACAACCCGCCGGGGUCGGACAUGUUCUCGCCGACUGUGCAGGCGUACGAGCCGCGAGGCCCUGUCCCCAUCAUCCUCCAACAGGUCGAGGCCCCCGCCACUAUGCCCGGCAAAUUUUUGCAGCAGCAGCGGCUGCAGAGGCUGCAGGCCAGCGGCGUGUCGCUGAGCCGGUUCGCAGGACGACCGCCGGUGCCGCCAGGCAACGAGGGCCCGAACAUCUAUGUGCGGUGUCUCGGCGCUUUGCGGUCUGGGCUGAAGGCAGAAGAGGCCUUUGCCCUUAGCCACUUGGUGAAGAUCUCGUUUGAGCGUGGCGACAAGUACAAGUUCGAGUCGUUUCCGGGUCUCGCAGAGGGUCUGAUUGAAAAGGCCCUGCAGGUGGGCGGGCUGUUCUACCACGACAUUGACUGGAAGAUAUCGUACGAUCUGGAGACAGACGAGUCGGACCUGGGCGAGCUGGACGGUAUCAACGGAACGCCAGACAUCCUGGAGCGGAUUGCGAAGCUGCGGUCCAAGAACACCAUCGACUGCAUACAGACGGAAGACUUUGCCGACCAGCUUGUUCUGGUCACCGAGGCCGCUCUCACGUUGCGGAACAUGGUCACGCUGCAGGAGAAUGCGUAUUUCCUGUCGGAAUUCCCGCCGUCACGCGACUUUCUGUGCAUCGUGCUGAACCUGCCGAACAAGGACUCGGUGGUGGAACUGAAGCAUUGCGCACUCGACGUGGCCGAGCAGCUGACGCCGUACUUGACGCUAGACGACGAGGAUCCUCUGUACCGCACACUGCUCGGGCAGUUCGAGUCUUCGGACCGGGGCAUGGUGCUGGCAGCUCUGCGCGCCAUUGGUCGGAUAUCGAUGAACAUGGCGCACAUGAACCGUCUGGGCAACGUGCCUUCGAGCGUGCUGCAGAACAUCAUGAAUUGGCUGCUGCUCAACGACGACGAGCUGAUGGACGCCUGUCUGGAUUUUCUCUACCAGUACACGGCGGUGGCAUCGAACGUGGAGAGGCUGCUGCGGUCGGUGAAGACGGAGAACCUGGUCAGCCAUCUGGUCCGACUGCUGUCACACGGGGCCAAGAGGGGCCACCGAGAACUCGUUCUGCAGCCGGAGCGAAAGCUGCCAGCUUCGGAGGAGGUGCUGCCGCUGCCACCAGACCUGCUGAAGCGGUUGGUGGAGACCGACGAGCCCGAACGUUGCUACACGUGGCUGCGAUGCUUCUUUGAAGAAGAUCCCGACUCAUCGAUCACACAGAUUGCCAUCUGGCAGGCAUACCAGUCGUCAUUUCUGCUACCCGUACAACAGUCUGGCCGGACGAUGCUGGGCGCAGCCGAGUUUAUUCGAAACGUCACGCACGUGUAUCACUCGGCCGGAGCGCAGAUCCAGAAGGAGCAGACGCCACAAGGCGAGGUGCAGAAGUUUAUUAUUAAGGGCAUCCGACCUCGAACACGGCCGACCAGCCCGGAGGGCCGGGAUUUCUUUCAGUGCCAAUGGAAGACGCCGACGGCAUCACGACCGGCGCAGCGCUGUGGCGUCUUCUUCGACACGGCCGAGAGUCUGUACGGCCACGUGCUGACGACACACAUCAAGGAGACGCCGGGGGAAGACGGCAAGGUGGCCAACAAAGAGUGCGAGUGCCGCUGUUUAUGGCUGGGCUGCCGAAAGUACGCCGCGGCCACGACACUCCACCUGGCCGACUUCAUGAAGCACAUCAAGACGCACGCCGUGGCCGCUGAGCAAGAGUCAAGGCAGCAGCAGGCGCAGCAGCAAGGCCAGCAGUCGGGUCAACAAGGACAGCAGGUGACAUCGUCGCAGUCAGGCCAGCCGUCGGGCCAACAGACGCCGUCGCAGCCGCACCAGCGUCACCGCAGCAGCGUGACGAACGGCGACCUAACACCGGGACAGACGCCGGGCGGCACCGGGAGCGGGAGCAGUGGUGCCGGGGCCAAUGUCGGGGUCGGUGGCAAUGGCGGUGGCGGCGGCAGUGGCAGUGGCAGUGUGACUGGCAGCGGCAGCAGUAGUAGCAACAGCAGCAGCAGCAGCAAGCGGCAGAAGCGGUCGUACGUGGUACCGGCCAAGACGGUCAGCGUGACGUACGAAGAGACGGCGACGAUGCGCGACGAACGCAAUCCGAACCUGCCAGCACAGGCGGCCGGCAUUCCGCUGAGCGCAGUGCUGGUGCUGCGAAAUAUUGCCCGCAACGCGUCCAAGGCAGAGGUGGUGGACGAGAAGGGCGCAUCGGCAGCAUCGACAUCGUCGGCGGCCUCAGCAACAUCGCCAUCAUCGCCAUACAAGGGACGGCAGGAUAACGAGGCGCUUCACGGCCACGGCCAUGGGGUCGAGGAGCUCAGCCACGUCGAAGUGGGUGGGUGGAACGAACGGCUGUUCCGACCCAUGGUGCCGAGGCUUUAUGAGAUCAUGGCGGAGAACCGGGCACUAGCAGCGUACAUCACCUCGCUGUUCCAGCUGAUUGGCGAGGAGUGGUGA